AUGAAUUCUCAAGAGAAUACAGAAGAGCAUCCUUUUGCAGAUAUAUUUAAUGAAGAUGAAACUGAAUAUAACUUUUUGCUGUCUAAACCUGUUUGCUUUGUUAUAUUUGGGAAACCAGGGGUUGGGAAGACAACCUUAGCUCGUCUGAUAACACAAGCAUGGAAAUGUAUUCGUGUAGAAGCCUUACCAAUUUUGGAAGAACAGAUUGCCAGGGAAACUGCAUCAGGAGUUAUGCUGCAGUCAAUGCUGACCAGUGGUCAAAGCAUUCCAGAUGAACUUGUCAUGAAGCUAAUGUUGGAGAAACUCAACUCCUUGGAAGUUCUUCACUUUGGUUAUAUUAUCACUGAACUACCAUCACUUUCACAGGAGGCCAUGACUACUUUGCAGCAAAUAGAAUUAAUUAAAAAUUUAAAUUUGAAACCUGAUAUAAUAAUCAAUAUUAAGUGCCCCGAUUACGAUUUAUGCCAAAGAGUUUCUGGGCAAAGGCAGCACAGUACUACAGGCUACAUAUACAGAAGAGAUCAGUGGGAUCCUGAAGUCAUCGAAAAUAAUAGAAAAAAGAGGAAACAAGCCCAAAAAGAAGGAAAAGGAGAAGAGGAAGGGGAAGAGGAAGAAGAGCAAGAAGAAGAAGAGGCAUUUAUUGCAGAAAUGCAGAAGGUGGCUGAAAUUCUUCAACACAUAGUUCAGAGACCUGAAGAUUAUUUGGAAAAUAUUGAAAACACUAUUAAGCUUUAUAAGGAAAUAAUUCUUCGUCCUUUAGAAGAAGUAAUGGCUGAUCACAAUUCCCAGUAUCUCAUUGAGCUAGAUGGAAAUAAGCCCCCAGAGGAGCUCUUCAUGACAGUUAUGGAUCGACUUAAAUAUCUGAAUCUAAAAAGAGCAGCUGUUUUACGUAAACUUCAGAGUGCAGAGGAAGAAAAUACUGACAUAAUGGACAAUGACGAGCUGCUCCGGACUCUCGCAUCUUAUGCACAUAUUGCACCAAGAUACAGAUGGCAGAGAAGCAGAUGGGGACGUACAUGUCCUGUGACUUUAAAGGAAGGUAACAUUUAUCCAGGAUUACCAGAUUUUGCCGUAAGUUUUCUAGGUAAAAUAUACUGCCUUUCAUCAGAAGCAGCCUUAAAAACAUUUUUGUUGAACCCACGUCCCUAUCUUCUUCCACCUAUGCCGGCACCACCAUUUAAAGUAUUCAUAUUUGGACCUCAGUCUUCAGGGAAAACGACUCUUAGCAAUUUGCUUGCAGAAAAUUACAAAGGAACGGUAGUUGACUAUGCCAAACUUGUUCAACCACGUUUUGAUAAAGCCCUUGAGACACUAAGAAGCAAUGCUAUAGCUAAGGCCACUGAAGCAGCGAUUAAAACAGUGAAAGAACAGCUUCUCCAAGCACUACAAACUAAAAGACAAGUAGAGUCAACUUUAAGAGAACUUGAAAGGAAGGCGUAUGACAAGUUGCCACCAGAUACAGAUAAGAGCUUAGAAGAGAUGAGCCCUUCAUUUGAUGAAGAUGUGUUCACUCAUGAAUACCAAGAAGAAAGCCGUUCAGAAGACAGUGAAGACCGAAAGAAUUCAGAAAAUGUCCUUGAUGAUCAAGCCCCUAAAACUGAAGAAACCAGUGGAACUUCUAUGUCAAAAAGAAGUUUGCAGAUCUCUAGUCAAGAUCUUAGGCUGGACUCCCAAAAAGACUCAACAGAAGACUUACUAGAAGAGGUAACUGCAGAUCAUCCCGAGGUUCUUUCUAUAAUGGAGGAGACUAUAAAAAUGACAAAGGAUAUGAACUUUGAGCAUCCAUAUGAAAAACAUGCUGAAAUCUUAGAGGAAAUCAUCAAGGAGGUUGCUGAAGAAAACAGAAGUAGGUCUUUGGGUGCCCCAAAAUAUGGAGGAUGGAUACUGGACAACUGCCCUAUUACAAACGAACUGUGGAUAGCCUUAGUCGAGAAAAAAAUUAUACCUGAUUUAAUAAUCUGUUUAUCAGAUACAGAAAACAAUGGAAAAUAUUUACUGAAUAGGCUGUACUUAGAGAAUAAAUCUGAAAUUGACUCUAAGAUUUUAGAAAGAUUAUUAAAUGAAGUACAAAUGAAAAAAAAAGAGGAAGAAGAAGCAAGAAAAGCCGCUGAAGAGUCACUAAUACAAGAAAACCAAAGGCUGUUGGAAACUAUGAGUGAGAAAGCAAAAGUAUCUGAGCCUGGGAAGGAUACUGCAGUUGGAACAGACAUUUCAAAAGGAUCCAAAGAGGGCCUGGAAACUAAAGAAUUAUCUGAAACAGUUGUACUCCCUGAGUUUCCAGAAGAUGCUUAUCCCAAUGUUCCUGAAAUGGAGCCAAUUAAAGAGAAGGUUACAAAUUUCAGCAUUGUCUGGAAACAGCUGGAAACAGCAAUCCACGAGUCUUUCGUUCAAACUUUAAACUUGGAGGUGGCUAACAAAACUCCAGAGGAACUUCUUCAAAAAGUAGUUGAGACUAUGGAAAAACCCUUUCAGUAUGCUGGAUGGGAGUUAACUGUGGAAGAUUAUGAUGAAGAAACAGAAGACUAUCAGGCCGAAGCUGAAGUUGAUGAGGAGCUAGAAGAGGAUGAGGAGGAAGAGGAAGAGAAUGAAGAAAGACUUAAAGAGAAGAGAAGGCACUUGGGAGAUACCAAGCACUUCUGUCCAGUGGUUCUCAAAGAAAACUUCAUUCUACAGCCAGGCAGCACAGAAGAAGCAGCUAAAUAUCGAGAAAAGAUCUACUACUUUUCAAGUCCUGAGGCUAGAGAAAAGUUUCUGGAGCAUCCUGAGGAGUACGUGGCUCAGAAUGAACCAUUAAAGGCUCCUCCAAUAAGAAUAUGCCUUCUGGGCCCACAUGGCUCUGGUAAAACUGUCUGUGGAAGAUACUUAGCAGAAAAAUUGGGCAUUUUUCACAUUCAGUUUGAAGAAUUUCUUCAAGAAAAACUAAUGCUCAAAACUGAAAAGAAAAUAGGAACUGAAUUUGAAGAAGAUUCUGAGGAAGAACAGUUUGAAAAACAAGAACUUGAAGAACUUGCUUAUCAGGCCAAUGUCAAGAUUGAAGAAGAAAAUAUAAAGAAACCGUCUCCAGAAGUACAAUUUACAGAAGAAGAAGAAGCAAUCAAAUUAAGUCUAAUGGAAAAUGAGCCAUUGCCUCCUGAAAUUCUUGAAACAAUUCUUUCUGAGUGGUGGCUUCAAGAACCAAUACGUUCCACAGGUUUUAUAUUAGAUGGCUUCCCACGAUAUCCUGAUGAGGCCCUGUUUCUGGGGGAACAUGGGUUUUUCCCAGAUGCUGUUGUUUUAAUACAAGUGGAUGAUGAAGAUGUUUCUGAUCGCCUCCUUCCUUCCAAAAUUGAAAAGUGGAAACUGAAACAACAGAAGAAAUUAGAAAGGAAAAAACUCAUCAAAGAAAUGAAGGCAAAAAUCAAGGAUGAUAUGAUUUCUAAAAGAAGGGCUGAACUUAUAGCAGAGAGAGAAAAAAAACAGAAAAUGGAGGCUGGUAGGGAAGAUGAAGAUAUGAGUGAAGAAGAGCCUGAAGAAUAUGAAGAUGAUAUUGACAACAUCCUUGAAGAUGAGUUUCCAAAAGAUGAGGAAGAAAUGAGUGAGGAAGAUGAAGAACAGGAAACGGAUGCACUUGAACGCCUGAGAGGUGAACUGAGAGACAAAUUUGAAGCAGAUAUAAAUAAUUUACAAGCAAUACAGGAUGAAUGUGAGAAGCUUAUGAUACCAGUAAUUCUCAUUAAUGGAGCUCGGAAAAUCCAUAUUGUACAAUAUAAUUUGAAUAUGAAACUGAAAUCACUGGUAGAGAAUCGUGAAAGCAUUUUUGAAAAAUGUUAUCCAAUAACAUCUCACCUUGCCCAGAAAAUGCUGAACUAUACCUAUAAGCAUAUAAGCUCAUUUGGUUACUGGGACCCCGUAAAGCUAAGCGAAGGAGAGACAAUCAGGCCAAUUGAAACUUUAGAGAAUCCAGUUUAUGCUGUAAUCCAUCGUCAGUAUAUUUAUUUUUUAUCUAGUAAGGAAACUAAAGAAAAAUUUAUGAAGAACCCAAUCAAAUAUAUCCGCCAACCCAAACCUAAACCCACCAUGCCCAUUAGGAUUGCAAUUCUGGGGCCUCCCAAAUCUGGGAAAACUACAGUUGCUGAAAAAAUUUCAAGUGAAUAUGGCUUAAAGCGUUUGUCAAUAGGAGAGGCAAUGCGUUAUGUAUUAAACAGCCAACCAGAAACAGAGCUGGCACUCAUGUUAAACUGGCAUCUUCACAAAGGGAUGACAGCACCUGAUGAGCUGGCUAUUCAAGCCUUAGAAAUAUCUCUGAUGGAAAGUAUAUGUAAUACUGCAGGGGUUGUCAUCGAUGGCUACCCUGUGACUAAGUAUCAGAUGAGCCUCCUGGAAACCAGGUCAAUCAUCCCCAUGGUCAUCUUUGAGUUGGAUGUGCCUUCCAAGGAGAUUUUCAAAAGAUUGUUCCUGGAAAAAAAAAAGGAACCAAGUUUGCCUUAUCCAGUGCACAAUAGCACACAGAUUAUAGCAAUCAAAAACUCAAAACAUCGCAAAAAUAUUGAUGAGAUUAGACAAUAUUAUCAAGAACAACAUCAGAACUGGUAUGUGAUUGAUGGAUUUCACAGCAAAUGGUGGGUAUGGAAUGAAGUCAUUAAGAAACUUCAAAUGGUGAAUAAAUAUAUGCAGACAUACCUGGAAAGAAUAAAAGCAGGAAAAGCUGCCUGCAUCGACAAGUUAUGUAUUACACCGCAAGAACUGAUUUCUCGCCUGGGGGAGUUUGGACAGUUUUGCCCUGUCAGCCUGGCAGAAUCAGAUGAGCUCGCUGAUUGCUCUGUAACUGAGUCACUGGAAUUUGCAGCAGAGUUCAGAGGUCACUAUUAUAAAAUGAGUUCUCGGGAAAAUCUGAAUAAAUUUUUGAAGAACCCAGAAUUGUAUGUGCCUCCAUUAGCACCUCAUCCGCUACCACCUGCCGACAUGAUCCCCAAAAAGCUGACGCUGUCGGAGCUGAAGAGCCGAUUCCCUAAAUGUGCAGAGCUCCAGGGCUACUGUCCAGUGACCUAUCAGGAUGGAGAUCACAGAUAUGAGGCCCUAGUACCUGGUAACAUUAACUGUGCUUUAGAAUACCGUGAUCGUAUAUAUAUUUGUGAAAGUAAAGAAAAACUCGAGAAAUUUUUGAGGUUGCCACAGAGAUACUGGGAUCAGAAGCUUCCGUACAAACUGCCCCCGUUAAAGGAGCCCAUACAUCUCACAAGUCUUCCUUUGCCUGGAUAUCUGGAACAGGGUGUCGCAACUUCACUGAUUAAAGCAAUGAGUGCAGCAGGAUGCUUAAAGCCCAAAUUCCCCUUCUUAAGUGUAAAGAGAUCUGCACUGCUAUUUAUAGCAUUUCACCUAAAAGCCUUCAAUCCCAACGGUUCUGAAUAUACAAGAAGAAAGUAUAAGAAGAAGAUGGACCAAUUUUUGGAGAGAUGUGAACUCAUUUCAUACCUGGGUGCCAAAAUGACCAAAAAGUACAAGGAACCUCAGUUUAGAGCCAUUGACUUUGAUCAUAAAUUACAGACCUUUCUCUCUCUUAAAAAUAUCGACCCAGUUAAUGGAUAGCUUCCUUGGGUAACUGCAACCAGUUAUCUGAACAUCAAGACUUAUUUGGAAGGGAUAGAAGGAAAUAGGUUGAAACUCUGGCCCUCUCUGCUGUGCUUUUUCCCUUAUGAGUGACAUGCCAGGGCUAACCAGCCCUCAGAUGGACUCACAGUGCUACUGGCCAAAAACCAAUGCUCCUUGCUCUAAAAGCAUAAGUCUUAACACAAUUUACAAAUUAUUGUGCUUUGCCUGAACAUUCCUGAUUUAUAAAACAAUUAUUCCACUUAGAAUAAGUAACUCACUUUACUUAAUAAAUCUAUUGCUCAAUUCCUUUUUAACAUUUUCAGUCCCUGUUAGAGAAAAUUGCUCAGUAAGUGUUAGAAAGCUUUGAAAUGAAAUUAACAUUGAUAUAAAUAAAAUAGAAACAUUGGUUACACUUUCAACAUAAAGAGUUGUUUGUAAACUAAAGAGUUGUUUGUAAACUUCGUAAACAUAGGACACUUUAUCAUUUUCCCAACAAAAUAAAUGCAUUUGGGGUAACUAAA